CCUUUGUGUACAUAUGUGAAUUUCUGGAUAUAUUCAUAUGAAAUAAGCUAAACUUUGUUGUUGCACAUGCAUGGUUGAACUUCUGCUAUGUAAAUUUCCAACAUUUUUGAAAGCAUGUUAACUUCUAGCCAUACAUGGUUGUACUGCCUAUGUAGACAUAGUUGGACUUCUGAAAUGUACUACGUGUGUAGGCAUUAGUGGAAUUUUUGGUGUAGUUUGUGUAUCUGACUGUUCUGCCUUUUUUUCCUUGUCAUUGUCUUUUUUUCAGUAUCAGUUGUGGUACUAACUUGAACUUUUGCUACUGUCUUCUAUAUUUCUGCUUCCAUGUUCAUUCAUAUAUGUACUGGAAGACACGGGCUGAGGUUGUGUUCUUUAGGGUUAUUGAACGUCCUGUUCUUACUAUGCCUCGUGCUGCCGGUCUAGGUAGUGGAAGUUCUCCGAGAUUUGAAUUCUCGCGGGAUGUUAACACUGGUGCCCCCUGUAGAUCUAGGAGGUUCUUCUGCCCGUGUGAGUGCUGCAGCUAGCGUUUCUUCCUAGAGUUUGUUCGAUGAUGCGAAUAUUUCCCUUUCUAGGAUUGUUGGACUUCUAGAAACUGUUUGGGGAGAGAUGGCUCGUGUUCUGACAACGGUUGAGCGUGUUAGUUGCAUGGAUGGGAUUCUUCCUCCCGGCCACGGUUUUGAUGCUGAGUCUUCGAAGGAGAUUUUUUUGAUUGAAGCUAAAUAUCUUGCUGAGCUUCGUGAGAGCACUUCCCACCUCCGGGCUAGUUUUAUGUUGUUCAAGGAAAUGCAGGACGCCCGUUGCAAGCCUUUUGAAGAUGAGACAAGUGUUGUUGUGAGAGAGAUUCAGAGGCAGGACCCCGUUCGUUUGGGUCAUGAAGGAGGCCAUGUGGAGCGUACUGAAGAGGCUAUUGAUGAUGGUGCUGGGGUUAGGGAGGAUGUUUUACCUGUGCACGAAGAUGAUCCUGUGCAUGAAGCUGCCCAUGUGCAUGAUCCUUGCCCCUCUAGUGAUGUAUUAGUUGAUGAGGUUCAUGGUAGUGAAAAUAAGCAUAAUGAUGAUGUUAGUGUUGCUCUAGAGAAGGCUGCAGACAUGUCCGUCUCAGGCGCUGGCUGCUUCGACGGGGUGGUCCUGACUGAACCUCAGUCGUCCGUUGGCGCUGAGGUUUCUGAUGCUAAGAAGGGAAAGACAACUGGAGACAUCAUUUUGGAGAAAGAUCAUGUUGAGUCUGUUGUACAAACUGGUGGUAGUGCUACUGCAAGCCCGGAGAAGUCUCCUGCAGCAGAGCCAUCAGUUGAUGUUGAUGCUGUACAGGCACAACCAAAUAUUUUUCUUGUUUCAGAUUCUCCGGUUGCUACAGCUGCUGCUGGUGUCCUUCCCGACGACACUGCAACGUCUACUGGAGACGACGAUGAAGAUACCGAAAGCGAUAGCUAUGGAGAGGAGGUUGAUCAUUCUAGUGCUGCCACUGGUCUAGGCAAGGAUCCAUGAAGAGAGGAGCAUGCUUCUCUCUUCUUUCCCCCUCCCCUCCCCUCUUUGUUGUUUGGUUUUAGUCCAUGAUAUCCCCUGUGAACUGCCUGUGUUGUCUAAGUUGAACUUCUGGUUUUGUUGUUUGUCGUGUGGGUUGUAAAGAAUGUUAAGUGAACCUGUUUUUCUAUGUGGGUGGAGGU